AUGGCGCGCCUUGCGCGAGGCAGAAUCCGCUACGAGCGGUAUGAUGAGUGCAUGCUGGUUCUUCUGCUUGCUGUGUUGUGUGCGCUAGCUGGAGAGGAGGACAUGUUCCUCGUGAUGGCCAUGUUUGGCUUAGCAAAGCUGGAGGCGUAUGAAGAACUGAUAGCCCCAACGAUCCUGGAGGGUGUGUGCCCGAUGUACAAUUUCUUCCAUGCAAUUGGAGGUUUGGACUUUAAGGAGCUGUUUAGGUUCGAGAAGCCUCACUUCCGCGAGCUGCUGCACGAGCUGCAGCUCCCUGAGGAGAUCGAAAUUCACAGGUCAGUCGGAGUCGUGUGCGUUUGAGAACUCUGCGGUAGUUGCUGUAUGCGACGGGCAGGGCGCGUCGGGGUUGUGGUACUGCUGUGGACAGGCUUCUCAUCUCAGCACGUAGGAAUAAUACCCGUGUCCUGAGUAUCACGGAGGUGCACAUAGUUUCAGACAGCAUCAAUGACAGCGAAGCAGUUGAUACAGCAGUAGACUACAUCAAGUAUGUAUUGAUUUUUGAAAUGUGUUUUUGAGGUCAUACCUGUUGUACUACAGCAGUCUACACGUGUAGCACAAAUCGUCACCGCACUCUCCAUGCGUUCACCACGCGU